AUGAAGCUGUGGCUGGCAAUCCUUCAGGUCGUGGUUGCCCUUGAGGAGAAUUGCCUCUUGCAAAGCCAUCCAGUCGAGAAAGAUGGGGAGCAUCUCUCAGAGGACAGGGACCACGCGCUUGCACCAAAGGCGAAGGAGGUGGGAGCCGAGCCGGCUGAGGCGCGGACCCUCGAAAUGAUUUCCAGCUCAUGGGGCGACGAAAGAGAGAUCCUGCAGGAGUAUUGGCAAGUAAUGCAUGUGAACUGCUACCCUGGUCGUGGUGCUUCUAACGGUGGACUUGAGCAUGAACAAGGGAAGAAAGGGGACGCAGUCCAUUGCGCACACAACUGCUAUCACAUGGAUCAUUGCAAAGGCUACGUUCAUUUCUCCGCCCAUGGAGGGCAGUGCUUCUUGCUGUCGUGGAUAUCACAAGACCCUAUCGCUGACUGCGAUCUUGGGCAGAUUGGAACGGAAAGCUGGCAGUUUGAUACGUUUGUUAAGAAGCCGAGAUCCACGGAUUGGGUUCUCGACCAUUUCUACCCUUUGAGGCACGUGAACUGCUAUAACGGUCGCGGGGCUUGGAACGGAGGGCUUGAACAGUACCAGGGGAUCCAAGGAACCCCGAGCUCCUGUGGACACCAGUGUUUCAACUUGAGGAACGACUGCAAUGGCUACGUGUUCUUUGAUGCUCAUGGAGGUCAGUGCUUCCUUCUCAAGCAUAUCUCCGCCGGACCUGUGGGUGAAUGCGAGGUUGGGAGACAGGGGACGGAAAGCUGGCAGUUCACGACCUACAUCAAGUGA